AUGGAGGCCAGAUAUAUUCGACGCGUUCAUGAAAUUGCGGUGUACCUAGUCCCAUCGUUUUAUUAUCACUGGAGCAACUUUGGUCAAUCAAGGCUUCCCUUGAUUCAGGCAGUUGGCCAAGGAGAUCUCCACUGGGUCCGACAGAUACUACUGAAAACCGAUACCGAUCCAGACACAAGAAAUUAUCGAGGUUGGACGGCUUUGCAACAAGCCUGCUCUAUCAAAAUCGAUUCUCCAGAGAGUAAAAACCAGGAAGCUAUCGUUAGGCUACUGAUCUCACAGGGUGCAGACGUCAAUGCUGCUCCUAGCAUAACCUACGGCAGAACAGCACUGGAAGCAUCAUGCCAGUGUGGAAACGAAAGAAUCGUAGAUAUAUUACUGGAGAAAGGUGCUCAAGUUAUUGAAGAUAUUCGUUCGGACGGUGGAAUUAGCCUUCUAGCUUAUGCUGUUUCGUCAGGCCAUUUGGGGAUUGUUAAGAAACUUCUCGACCAGGGUGCAGACAUCAAUGAACCAGGCAGAGAGGAGCUGGAAUAUACCGCAUUAUCGGCUGCGGUUACGCUAGAUAGUCUCGGGAUGCUCAACCUUCUGAUUGAGAAUGGGGCAAACAUACAAGGGCACGCUGGCUUGUUUGCUUUGAAAAAAGCUAUAUCAUGGGAUCAGCUAGACAUGGCACAGCGCCUUCUUGAGAAAGGCCUAGACGUCAAUGCUUGUGCCAACGGCCCCGCCCCUCUGCAUUCAGUAGAGUCCAUCGAUAUGUUAGACCUGCUGGUUACCUACGGAGCUCGCUUUGAUAUACCUGGCUCCGAAGGUUCUCAACCUACUGCAUUACAGCAGGCUUCACAGAGAUAUGACCUCGAUCUAGUCACUGAACUCGUACGUCUGGGCUCCGAUGUUCAUCUUCCUGGCAAGGGAAGAUACGGCCGGAGCGCGCUCCAGAAAGCCGCUUCCAGGUGCGACGAUGAAGUUGAAGAAAGUUUUCGUAUAAUGAGCUUUCUCGUCGAAGAGCACGGCGUGGAUGUCAACGAGCCACGUCCGGAAAAUGGGGGUUUUACAAGUCUCGAAGCGGCGUGUCAUACAACAGCUCAGCAGCAGGAGGAUGAACGGAACAUAAAGAGCGUCAAAUUCUUGGUUGAGAGAGGUGCCGUUAUCACACCUCUCACGCUACAUUCGGCCGCCGCCUGGAAUCAUACCAAACUACUCGACUUUCUCUUGCAAAACGGUGCGCGCAAUGAAGACAUCAGCAGUCCAGUCAACAUCCCGAUCGUUGAAAGAUGGAAGAGAUACCGCGAAUUUGGUCCAACCGUCAUCGAGACUGCCAGGAUCAAUGGUCACAUAGCGCUUGCAAAAGCUCUGGAGAAUUGGUCACCAUCGACCCAACUGGAAAUACAUGCAAACGAGGGAGAUUCAGACUGGGAAGAUUCUGACUGA